CUCACAUCAACCACAAAUUAUCAGUGUCACUCAUCAUCAUGCAUCAGAACAUCGUCUCAAAAUUCUCAGUGAAAACAUAAAAUGAAGCAAAAUGCCUGGCAGAGAAAUCGUCCAAAUCCACAUCGGUCAAGCUGGAGUCCAAAUAGCCAACGCAUGCUGGGAACUGUACUGUCUCGAACACGGAAUCAAAGUCGAUGGCACUCUAUACGAAUAUGACAAGGCAGACACUAGCUACAGCCCUUUCUUCAACGUUACUGGAGCUGGACAGGCGGUACCUCGAGUGGUGAUGAUCGAUCUAGAGCCUACGGUGAUUGACGAGAUCCGAACUGGCUGGUACAGGCAUCUGUUCCAUCCAGAUCAGUUACUUACUGGGAAGGAAGAUGCAGCCAAUAAUUACGCUAGGGGAAAGUAUGGAAUUGGAAGGGAAAUGUUGGAUCUGGCACUGGAUAGGACCAGGCUGAUAGCUGAAGAUUGCGGUCACCUACAGGGUUUCAUAAUCUUCAGAGCUUUUGGAGGAGGAACAGGCGGUGGUUUCACCUCCCUCUUCUUGGAGAAUCUAGGAUCCGACUACAAAAAAACCAGCGUCUUGGAGUUCGCCGUCUUUCCAUCUCCGAAAGUCUCAACCAUAAUCGUCGAGCCAUACAACGCGGUUCUAGCAACCAACGGAUCAAUCGAACACGAAGACGUGUGCUUCGUCAUGGACAACGAGGCAGUCUACGACAUAUUGAAUAGAAGUUUAGAUACUCCGAGACCAACUUACACCAACCUGAACCGACUCCUAGGUCAAGUGGUUUCGGGAGUUACCGCUUCGCUGCGCUUCGAAGGGGCUGUUAACGUGGAUCUGUCUGAGUUCCAGACGAAUCUAGUUCCCUAUCCGAGGAUACAUUUUCCGCUCAUAACGUUUGCCCCUUUCAUACCUGCGAAUAAAGCAUCCCACGAGCAGUUAUCUGUGGCUCAGCUUACCAAUGCCUGUUUCGAACCAGCAAAUCAAAUGGUGAAAUGUGACCCCAGGAAUGGCAAGUACAUGUCCUGCUGUCUCCUCUACCGUGGAGAUAUCGCCCCAACUGAUGUCAACAACGCCAUCAGCAACAUCAAAAGCAAAAGGUCCAUCCAGUUCGUGGACUGGUGUCCAACAGGGUUCAAAGUCGGCAUCAAUUACCAACCCCCCAUGGCGGUGCCUGGUGGAGAUUUGGCCAAGACCACGAGGGCAGUGACAAUGCUGUCUAACAGCACCGCUAUCAGGGAAGCUUGGGAGAGAUUGUUGAGGAAAUUCAACUUGAUGUAUCCCCAGUAAUCUUUUGUGCAUCAUUAUGUUGGUGAGGGCAUGGAGGAGGGGGAGUUCCAGGAUGCCAAGGAAGACUUGCAGGCUUUGAUAAUGGACUACAAAGAAGUUGACAGUGGUUGAUG